AUGCAGGGAAACCACUUUCUCUGUCAGCUUGCUUUUCUCCUCUUCUCUGUCUUGGCAAGUGCUCAAGACAGUCCUCAGGUCCGUCUUAGAGAUGGGAAUAAUCGCUGUGCUGGAAGAGUGGAGAUCCUUUACCAGGGCUCCUGGGGCACCAUCUGUGAUAACAAAUGGAAUGUGGCUCAUGUGGUCUGCAGGCAGCUGGGCUGUGGACUGGCCUUCUAUUAUAUACCUGGUAAUUUCUUCGGAUCUGGAUCAGGACCCAUUUGGCUGGGUGGCUUGAAUUGCACAGGAAAAGAAUCCCAUGUGUGGAAGUGUCCUUCCUGGGGAUGGGGCCCACAUAACUGCAGUCAUGAUGAGGACGCAGGAGUCAUCUGCACAGGAUUUCUGCGUCUAGAUGGACCAAAAGGACCAUGCUCAGGGCGAGUAGAAGUUAAACAUGAAAGAAGGUGGACUCCAGUGUCUGAUGUGAACUUCACUUUUCCCACUGCCCAGGUUAUCUGUGCAGAGCUCGGGUGUGGCAAGGCUGUGUCUAUUGGGCAAACCAUGCUCAGAAGUGCCAGUGAGCAGGUUUGGGCAGAAGAGUUCCAGUGCACUGGACAGGAGCCCGAGCUCUGGUUCUGCCCCAGAGUACCCUGUGCUGGAGGCAGCUGCCAGCAUGGUGGGGCUGCUGAGGUUUCUUGUUCAGAAAGCCCACAGCUCCGCCUGAUAAAUGGAGGCAGUCGUUGUGCAGGAAGAGUAGAGAUACUUCACCAGCACUCCUGGGGAACCAUUUGUCACUGGGGCUGGGAUAUCACUGAUGCCAAAAUAGUAUGCAAACAGCUGGGCUGUGGAUCAGCUUUGGGUGCUGUACUGUCUGCUUACUUUGGGGCUGGAUCUGGGCCCAUAUGGCUGCAAAGCAUGAUAUGUACAGGGCAUGAAUCCCACUUGUGGCAGUGCCCUUCCCUUGGCUGGAACAAUACCUACUGCAAUCACCAGGAGGAUGCUGGGGUCAUCUGCACAGGAUUUGUACGCCUGGCUGGAGGAGAAGGACCCUGCUCAGGCCGAGUAGAAGUGAAUCCUGGAGGAGGCUGGAUUCCAGUAUCUGAUUGGAACUUCACAUUUGCCACUGCCCAAGUCAUCUGUACAGAACUGAAGUGUGGCAAAGCUGUGUCUCUCAUGAGGGAUGUGCCUUUCAGAGAGGUCAUUCCACAGGUGUGGGGUGAAGAGUUUCAUUGUGAGGGGCAGGAGCCUGAGCUCUGGUUCUGCCCCAGGGUACCCUGUCCUGGAGGUAGCUGCCAACACAGUGCAACUGUUGAAGUUGUUUGUUCAGAAUUCACCGAAGUCCGGCUCAUAAAAAACAACACCUCUCAGUGUGAGGGUCAGGUGGAGAUGAACACCUCUGUUGGUUGGAGAGCACUCUGCGCCACUCACUGGAGUAUGGUCAAUGCGGAUGUUGUGUGCCACCAGCUGGGCUGUGGAGUUGCCAUCUCCACCCCAAAAGGAGGAACAUACUUUGAGGAAGGAGGUGGUGACAUUGGGAAAGAAAGAUUUUACUGCUCAGGUGCUGAGUCCUUCCUUUGGAGUUGCCCUGUGACUGUCCUUGGGGUUCUUCCCUGUGCUCAUGGGAACACAGCCUCUGUGGUUUGCUCAGGAAACCAGACCCAGCUGCUGCAUGAGGUCAAUGACCCCCUCUGUAAUCCAGACGGAUCUGCAGUCACAAAUAUCCUAAUUACCAACUCCAAAGAUAGAAGACAGCUGCGCCUCAUGGAUGGGGGCAGUCACUGUGCAGGAAGAGUGGAGAUCCUGCAUGUGGGCUCCUGGGGCACCAUCUGCGAUGACAGCUGGGACCUGAGUGAUGCCCAUGUGGUGUGCAGACAGCUGGGCUGUGGAGUGGCCCUCAGUGCCACGGUGUCUGCUCACUUUGGACAGGGAUCAGGGAACAUCUGGCUGGAUGAGCUGAACUGCACAGGGAAGGAGUCUCAUGUCUGGAAGUGUCCUUCCCAGGGCUGGGGACAACACAACUGCUGGCACAAGGAGGAUGCAGGAGUCAUCUGCUCAGAGUUCCUGGAUCUCAGGGUGGUGAGCGAGGAUCAUGAGUGUACUGGGUGGCUGGAGGUUUUCUACAAUGGGACCUGGGGCAGUGUCUGCCGCAACUCCAUGGAAGACAUGACCUUGUCAGUGAUCUGCAGACAGCUUGGUUGUGGGAAUGGUGGGACCCUCAACACUUCUGUGCCUGCCAGGGAAGGUUCUAGACCCCGUUGGGUAGAUAGAAUCCACUGUCAGAAAACUGAUGUUUCUCUCUGGCAGUGUCCUUCUGACCCUUGGAACUCCAGAUCCUGCCUUCUAAAGGAUGAAGCUUACAUCACAUGUGCAGGUGAUCUACUACUUCAUUAUGUCCCUCUCUAUCCUUGUGUUAUUCAGGAAUGUGGAAGGUCAAACUUCAGGUAUAUAAAUCAUUUGAAAUCUGCAAUCAUUUGCUUGAGUUUUUCACAUACAAUAUUUCAUCCUCACAAUCAACUGCUUUUGGGUUUGAUGCUGCACAUUUAA